GCGCCCUAAAGGGCCCCGCGUGGCGGCGCGCGGUGUGUGUGUGUGGGGGGGUCGGGAGUCGUCGCGCGUUCUGCCGGCUCCUGAGGGACAAUGCUGUGUGAGUCAGAUGCACGUAUGGCACUUGCGGAACCCGUCCCCACGGCUUAUUUUACUUCAGAUCCUCAAGGGAACUGUGAGGUGUCACUGGAUGAUGUACUGCUCAACUCUUCAACUAGAACCGUUGAGGUCCACAGCAUUGAGACGGUUGAAGAUACUAAGACGGCUGGAUGUCACACAGACACACUUGGUUCCAAAGCCUCUUCAUCUCCUACCUCCAGUGUGUGGACAACACGACGAGAUGGAGAAGUCAGACUGAGGAUGGAUGAGCAGGGCAUAGGCAGUGAGGCACCAAAGACAGUUCAUGAGCUCUUCCAGGAAGCUGUUAAUAAAUAUGGUGAUUAUUAUGCCCUUGCAUCCAAGAAGGGUGGCCAGUGGAUAAAACUAACAUAUAAGAUGUACUAUGAUGAGUGCUGGAAAGCAGCAAAAAGCUUUCUGAAGCUGGGACUAGAGCGUUUCCAUGGAGUAUGCAUCUUGGGAUUUAAUUCUGCAGAGUGGUUUAUUGCUGACAUUGGAGCUAUCCUUGCAGGUGGAUUUGCUGUUGGUAUCUACACUACAAACUCUCCUGAGGCCUGUCAUUAUGUAGCAGAGAGCUGUAGUGCUAACGUUCUGGUUGUGGAAAACCAUAAACAGCUGCAGAAAAUCUUAGAAAUUCAGCAUAAACUACCUCAUCUGAAAGCUAUUAUCCAGUAUGGGGAAGAGCUAAAAGAGAAGAGACCAAAUCUGUACUCUUGGAGCGAGUUCAUGGACCUCGGCAGAGAUGUUCCAGAUACUCAGCUCCAUGAAAUCAUUGAGUCGCAGAAGCCCAACCAGUGCUGUACACUCAUCUAUACCUCAGGGACAACUGGGCAGCCAAAGGGAGUCAUGCUCAGUCAUGACAACCUGACCUGGACGGCGUUGGCAGCAGGGCGUUUCAUAAUGCUGAAGGAUGCUAAAGAAAAGCAGGAACUGGUGAUCAGCUACCUGCCCCUCAGCCAUGUUGCCGCACAGAUGACAGAUAUUUGGUCGGCAAUGACAUUCGGUGUACAAGUUUUCUUUGCUCAACCGGACGCCUUAAAGGGCACCUUGGUAGACACCCUGCGGGAAGUGAGACCAACUGCUUUUUUGGGGGUUCCUCGUGUCUGGGAAAAAAUGGAAGAGAAAAUGAAAUCCAUAGGUGCAAAAUCAUCGACACUCAGAAGAAAAGUGGCAUCGUGGGCCAAGGGGGUCGGGUUGCAGACAAACCUGAAGCGGAUGAAUGGGCAUUCUGAGGUCCCAAUGAAUUUCCACUUAGCCAGACAUUUGGUGUACAAGAAAGUGCGGAAGGCCAUUGGGCUGGACCGGUGCACGAAGUGCUACACGGGGGCUGCUCCCAUUACCAGAGAGACGCUGGAAUUUUUUUUAAGUCUGAACAUUCCUGUGCUUGAGCUGUACGGCAUGAGCGAGAGCUCUGGGCCUCACACAAUCUCUCUACCUCACGUGUUCAAGCUUACCAGCUGUGGAAAGGAAAUGACAGGCUGCCGGACGCUGAUUCACAAGCCAGAUGGAGAUGGCAACGGGGAGAUCUGCUUCUCGGGAAGGCACAUCUUCAUGGGCUAUUUGAACAUGGAAGAAAAAACCAAAGAGGCCAUUGAUGAAGAUGGCUGGCUGCAUUCGGGUGACCUUGGCAAGCAUGAUAAAGAUGGAUUCCUCUACAUCACUGGCAGAAUUAAAGAGCUCAUCAUCACUGCAGGAGGUGAGAACGUUCCUCCCGUUCCCAUCGAGGACGCUGUAAAAGGUGCCAUUCCCCUCAUCAGCAAUGCAAUGUUGGUUGGAGACAAAGAAAAAUUCCUCGCUAUGCUCCUAACGCUAAAGUGCGACCUGGAUGGCGGGACGGGCGAGCCCACGGACCAGCUCACUCCGGAAGCUGUUGAAUACUGUCAGAGGCUGGGCAGCAAGGCGACGAAAGCCUCCGAAAUCAUCAUCAGCAAAGACAAGGCCGUGUACGCGGCCAUCCAGAAGGGAAUUUCGGCCGUCAACGAGGGCGCUGUCUCCAACGCCCAGAAAAUCCAGAAGUGGGUCCUGCUGGAGAAGGACUUCUCUGUCUUUGGCGGCGAGCUUGGCCCCACCAUGAAGCUGAAGAGACCAGCGGUGGCCCAAAAGUACAAAGACCAAAUCGCUCAGUUUUACAGGGAGGUGGAUACACCCUCCACGGCUGCCAGCGCGCCCCGGCCGUAGCGCGGAGCCUGCGGGUGCUGAUUCCCCUCCUGCCAGCCUGGGCUUCCCGCCUGCUCUGGAAAUAAAUGAGGCUCGGCCAGCGCGCAGCCCUUCCCGAUCCCUUAACUAUACGUUUUCCUGGCCCUCGUCCUGCAGUGUGGUGAGGUGUUUGUGCCCUGUGGCUACGUUCUAAUGCUGAGAUAUUCCUCAAUAUCUCUGCUUUGUAGUUUUGGUCUUUCCAUUUUUAUAAGGGCGAUGCAAUGUUUACCUUAAAUCCAUAUUACAUGUUACGUUUUAACCAAAGUUUUCUUUUUCUGAGCUGAAUGUAAAACAAUCAGGAACUGCAAUUUUCCUGCUGAGGGAGAAAGGCAGGUUUCUUUUUAUAGCAACAUACUUCCCUCCCCCCUGAUGCAUGUGUAACUGCAUGCUGGUGACAUCUGAAUUAUUUUAAAUCUCUUUACCCACAAACUGCCUUCUCCCGAGGAUGAUGAACGCUCUGUGACUGCACACACUGGCUCGCUGUGGACAUAGAACCUCCCGUUUGUCUGUGCAAUAUUUUGAGGCUGGCCUAUCUUCCUGAGUUAUAAUGAAGCCAUAAAUUGUAUUGGUAAAAUAGCAUACCUGGCUUGGGUCCUGAAGUGGUUUAUGCAAGGGGGUGGCUGUUGCCUGAUGGAACUGCUGGCCACUGUGUCCUGCAAGGGGGCGGGGGGCUGAGGCUUUGUACGAAGUGUUGGGAACCUGGUUGCUGGAAGGCUGAUUGUUUUGAAGGUCUGGGAUCAGCCCCUUGGGCAGCACAAGAGCCUGAGGAUCACCUUUGCCAAAGCUGGGGGAAGGCACCUGCCAGCUGGAGCUCCUGAAUGUUUCUUCUAAAUGGUUCUGCAAGGCUCAGUCCUGCCUGGAGAGCCUGUGAAUCCCACCAGCCGAUGAAGGAUUAGCUUGUAAAAUGGCUUAUUGCAAACUAGAACUCAUUACCUGAGCGCCAGGGGCAGAGCCCUGCUCUUUGGGGCUGCUGAGGGAAGUGGUGUCAGUAAAUACCCCGAGGGGCAGUGACGGUGCCUGGGCCGGGGCACCUCAGGCAGGGUUCAAACCUGAACUUGGUACCUGCUCUGGGCUCCGGGAACUUCCACGUGCACACGUACUCCUGGGUAAAUGCACUAUUGUAACUGCUGCUGCUCCCCUGCAAACAGUUGUGUUCUCAGCUGCCUGAGUUUGAAAUGGCUCCAAGGUUUGGAGGAAAUAAAGGCUGUUGUUUGUGUCUCUUAA